ACUGACGGGACCGGGACAGAGAGGAGAGUACAGUGACCUGUUGCUGUGAGCGACAAACAAAGAUGGCGUCCAGCGGCGGGAUCCGGAUCCCGGGCCGGCUGCCGCUGCUGCUGACCCAGGAGGGCGUGCUGUUGCCGGGCUCCACGCUGCGCUUCAGCGUGCACUCCCCCCGGAACAUGCAGCUGGUGGGCCAGCGGCUGCUGCGGGGAACCUCGCUGAAGAGCACCAUCAUCGGGCUGAUCCCCGACACCAGAGACCCCCAGCACGACUCCGAGGACCUGCCCGCGCUGCACAAGAUCGGUACGGCAGGGAUAGCCGUGCAGGUGGUGGGCAGUAACUGGCCCAAGCCUCACUACACCCUCCUCAUCACCGGAUUGUGCCGAUUCCGCGUGUCCAAACUGCUUACGGAGCGACCCUUUGUCCUGGCAGAGGUGGAGCAGCUGGAUAAGCUGGAGCAGUACACAUCGUCCGCAGCAGAGGGUGUAGCAGCAGGAGGGGGAGAGCUGGCAGAGCUGUCCCAGAAGUUCUACCAGGCCGCCGUACAGUUGUUAGGUAUGUUGGACACGUCUGUCCCAGCAGUGGCCAAGUUCAGGCGCCUGUUGGACAGCUUACCCAGGGAGACCCUGCCUGACGUGGUCGCCUCCAUGAUCCGCACCUCCAACAAGGAGAAGCUGCAGGUCCUGGAUGCAGUGAGUAUGGAGGAGCGUUUCAAGAAGGCCCUGCCCAUGUUGACCAGACAGAUAGAUGGACUGAAACUGCUGCAGAAAACCAGGAAAAUGAGUCCCGAUAAUGAGAAAAGGGUUUUAUCAGUACGCAAAGGUGGAGUGUUCCCAGGUCGGCAGUUCAAUCUAGACGAGGACGAUGAAGAUGAUGAGGACGACACCGGGGCCCUGGAGAGGAAGGUCCACGGGGCCAACAUGCCUGAAACUGCUCUCAGAGUCUGUCUGAAAGAACUGAAGAGACUGAAGAAGAUGCCUCAGUCCAUGCCGGAGUACGCUCUGACCAGGAACUACCUGGACCUGAUGGUGGAGCUGCCCUGGAGCAAAAGCACCAAAGACUGCCUGGACAUCCAUGCUGCCCGCACCCUGCUGGACAACGACCACUACGCCAUGGACAAGCUGAAGAGACGCGUGCUGGAGUACCUGGCUGUGAGACAGCUGAAGACGACACUCAAGGGCCCCAUCCUGUGCUUCGUGGGGCCCCCAGGGGUCGGGAAGACGAGUGUGGGCCGCUCCAUCGCCAGGACUCUGGGCCGGGAGUUCCAGCGCAUCGCUCUGGGAGGCGUCUGCGACCAGUCUGACAUCAGAGGUCACAGGCGGACGUACGUAGGCAGCAUGCCGGGGAGAAUUAUCAACGGCUUAAAGACGGUGGGCGUCAAUAAUCCUGUUUUCCUCCUGGACGAGGUGGACAAACUGGGGAAGAGCCUGCAGGGAGACCCAGCAGCCGCGCUGCUGGAGGUCCUGGACCCGGAGCAGAACCACAGCUUCACGGACCAUUACCUGAACGUGAACUUCGACCUCUCCCAGGUGCUGUUCAUCGCCACGGCCAACACCACGGCCACCAUCCCCCCCGCGCUGCUGGACCGCAUGGAGGUGCUGCAGGUUCCAGGAUAUACCCAGGAGGAAAAGGUGGAGAUAGCGCACCGUCACCUGAUCCCCAACCAGCUGGAGCAGCAUGGACUGACACCGCAGCAGCUGCACAUCCCUCAGGAAACCACGCAGGACAUCAUCUGCAGGUACACCCGGGAGGCCGGCGUGCGGUCUCUGGAGAGGAAGAUCGGGGCCCUCUGCCGAGCGGUGGCCGUGAGGGUCGCUGAGGGCCGCAGACUCCCCAGGACGGAGAGUGUGGCUCCGGAGGAAGACAAGGCCACGCCCCCAGAGAUGCCCAUCGUGAUCGACCUCAGCGCCCUGAAGGACAUCCUGGGACCGCCGCUGUUUGAGAUGGAGGUGUCUGAGCGGCUCACGCUGCCCGGCGUGGCCCUGGGCCUGGCCUGGACGCCCCUGGGGGGGGAGAUCAUGUUCGUGGAGGCCAGCCGGGCGGAGGGGGACGGCCAGCUGACCCUGACGGGGCAGCUGGGGGACGUCAUGAAGGAAUCUGCUCACCUGGCCAUCAGCUGGCUCCGAGCUAACGCUAAAACCUACCGGCUCACCAACAUGGUGGGCGGUCCGGACCCCCUAGAAGGAACCGACAUCCACCUGCACUUCCCUGCCGGAGCCGUCACCAAGGACGGCCCGUCCGCCGGCGUUACCAUAGUGACCUGCCUGGCCUCCCUGUUCAGUGGCCGGCUGGUGCGCUCGGACGUGGCCAUGACGGGAGAGAUCACGCUGAGAGGACUGGUGCUGCCGGUGGGCGGGAUCAAGGACAAGGUCCUGGCGGCCCACCGGGCCGGGGUGCGGCGCGUCAUCCUCCCCCAGCGCAGCGAGAAGGACCUGGACGAGCUCCCGGCCAACGUCCGGGCCGACCUGGACUUCAUCCCGGCCCAGAACCUGGACCAGGUGCUGAACGCCUCCUUCCACGGGGGGUUCCCCGGGACGGCCGGGGCGGCCGGCACAGACUCACACCCCCAGCUCAGCAGCAAGCUGUAACGCUGGGGAGAUGAUCUGAUCUCCAGUUCUGUUUUCCACACUCUGAUUACUGCAGAUUACUUUAAUCUGGAGGACAUAAUUUAAUCAGAUAAAUCAGCUUGCGUACAUGACGUCAGAUGGAAACAUCACGCAGUGUGACGAUAAAACAACUGCAGCUGCAAAGUGAUGCUGAGAAACAUGAAUCAGAUGAUUGCGGGUGUUAUAAUUAAUGCUGAUUAAUGGACUAAUAACUGCAGCUUUGAACAGUGGGAUAAGUAACAAGACUAUAGUUACUGACAAGUUAUAGCUUAGAAGUUUGUAUGAAGAUCUUUAUUUUGGUUUGACAUCCUCCAUUCUGGACCCUAAUAGUUCAAAGGAAAUUAAAAUUGAAUCAAAUUGAGUUUCUGGG